UGGCGGCGCGGGAUUCUCCGCUCUUUCCUGCCUGAGGGAACACGAGGGGCUGUGGGCCGCUGCGUUCCAGGUAACUCGGCGAGCCUGUCGGGCGUGUGCUGAUGUGCUGCUGUCCCGGGCCGGCUCGAACCUCAGCUUCGGCGUGCCGUCGAGUUCCGCGUGAGUCCGCGAGAAGGAAGAAGCGGAGCCCCGGCGGGUGCGAUGGCCUCGGUGGUGGCCAAGCGGGAAGGGCCGCCGUUCAUCAGCGAGGCAGCCGUGCGAGGCAACGCCGCGGUCCUGGAUUACUGCCGGACCUCAGUGUCAGCGCUGUCGGGGGCCACAGCCGGCAUCCUCGGCCUCACCGGCCUCUACGGCUUCAUCUUCUACCUGCUUGCCUCCGUCCUGCUCUCCCUGCUCCUAAUUCUCAAAGCGGGAAGGAGGUGGAACAAGUACUUUAAGUCACGAAGACCUCUCUUUACAGGAGGCCUCAUCGGCGGCCUCUUUACCUACGUCCUCUUUUGGACAUUCCUCUAUGGCAUGGUGCACGUCUACUGAAAAAUGAGGGCAGGGGUGACUUUUCAAACAGAUUGGCAAGACACUUGCCAGAAUUAACACCGUGUAGACUUACUUAGUUUUUAAAUUGUUCGAAUUCGCUGCUUGUUCUGUACUGUUAUAAUUUAUAUCUGAAGACAGAGCCUGUAAUAUUAUUCUUCAGAUUAAAUGAAGUAUGACACCUUAUCGUUCUUUCUUACCUUGAUGCUUAGCCAAGCUUUGAAGUCGCCAAGAUUUGCUCCCUGGAGAGCAGGUACAAGGCUACAACCUGUACAUUUUUGGGGGGGUUACACCUACUAAGUCUAAAGGGACCGCUAGGGCUUACAUGAGGGAAUUUAACGUUAACAUCUUAAGGACUGAUAACAGUUCGUGUUACUAAGCUUUCUCUAUGUACAGGCAUUGUGUGUUUUAAUUCUAGCAAUAGCAACGGAGAUGUUACUGUUAGUGAGAACCUGAAGCACAGAGAGGUUAGUAGUCUUUGUCAGAGGUGGCUCAUCUAGGAGGGGGCAGGGCUGAUAUCCAGUUAGUUGCAAGUCUGUUUGCUUAUGCUGUAUUGGAUGAGACUACUUCUCUAGCAUCCCCUCCCACUAACCACUGCUUUCUGGUAUGAGUGAACUCAGUUAAGUUCCAGUUACACCUGGUCUCAGCUAGUAACAAAAAAAACGCAAACUAUUUUUCUAAAGUGUGUCCUAUGGCGAUUAAAUAGGUUAUUUGGACAUUUAAUCAGAAGAGUUUGUUUCAAGUGUAGUGCCUCUGAUCAUAUGUUCAUUCGUAAUCCUUGAGAGGAGGGUUUUAGAAUGAAAUACAUGUUUAACUGAAAAAUAAAUAAUUGUUUUAGACUUGUAAUGAA